CCCCUAUAAAUUAACCAUAGACAGAGACACGGAUUCAAUCAGAACUCACUCGGACUCGGGACAGAGCAAGAGAAGAGAACUUGCUGUUUAAGGUAAAACUUCCAUUUCUCCUACAGAGGCAAUCCCCGUUGCUUCUCCUGCAUCGUUACACUACACCCAUCUCAGCUCUUGAACACCCACACUCUCCUCUGUCUCUCUCUGUUUCUGACACCAAUCAAAGGAAAGAAGAUAGUGAAUUGGAAGGUGGAAUCCGAAUGGCCUUGGAGACGGUGGUGUUUCAGCAAGACCCGUUCAGCUGUUACGGCGGGGCUUGGACCCAUCACGUCGGGUCCGGCUGCUUCGGAGACGACGAGAAGACCCGCGUUCACGAGUCGGCUGCACUGAGCUUGAACGCCGCUGAGGCCGAGGCCGCGAUGAACGUGGACUUAGACGGCUGGGAUGCCGAGGGAGGAUUAGCGGGGGUGUCGGCGUCGCCGCCGCCGAUGGCGGCCAUAGCGGGGCGGAGGAAGCGGAGGAGGACAAGGAUGGUGAAGAACAGUGAUGAUGUGGAGAGCCAGAGGAGGACCCACAUUGCGGUGGAACGCAACCGCCGGAAGCAGAUGAACGAGUACCUCGCCGUGCUUCGCUCCAUGAUGCCGCCUUCCUACGUCCAAAGGGGGGACCAGGCAUCAAUAAUAGCAGGGGCAAUCAACUUCGUGAAGGAGCUAGAGCAGCAUCUCCAAUCCCUCAAAUCCCAGAAGCAACCUGAGCAAGUCAACGAGCCUAGGUCAGCCUCGCCCCCCAACGAUCACUUCUCCUCCCUCUUCUCCGACUACUUCAACUUCCCGCAGUACUCGACCCGGCCGGACGGCUCACGCGGGCCCGACACCCGGCCGGCGGCCGCCGACGUGGAGGUGACCCUGGUCGACAGCCACGCCAACAUCAAGGUCCUGUCCCGGAACCAGCCGAGGCAGCUGCACAAGAUGGUGGUCGGGCUUCACUCCCUCCGGCUCGGGGUCCUUCACCUCACCCUCACCACGGUCCAUAACAUGGUCUUGUACUCGUUCAGCGUCAAGGAGUUGAUCUACUAAACAAAUGCGAUUGUUUGAUUAGAGGUUGGGUUUUGUGGUUUUGUGAGGCAGGUUGAGGAUAGUUGCCAGCUCACCUCAAUGAACGAGAUCGCAACUGCUGUGUACGAGAU